AUCCUGAAUCCCGACCCUUUCAACUCCCUAUAUAUAGCCAUCAAUCUCUAUUCGUUCCAGACUUUAUCUUCCACUCCCCAGAUAAGAGAGAAUUGAGAGAGAGAGAGAGGAGAGAGAGAGAGAGUUCUGUUCAAGUGAGAGAUGGCCCGUACCAAACAAACUGCUCGUAAGUCCACUGGAGGAAAGGCUCCCAGGAAGCAACUUGCAACAAAGGCUGCCCGUAAAUCUGCCCCAACCACUGGUGGGGUGAAGAAGCCUCAUCGUUACCGCCCUGGUACAGUUGCUCUUCGUGAAAUUCGCAAGUAUCAGAAGAGUACUGAACUCUUGAUUAGGAAGUUGCCUUUCCAGAGGCUUGUCCGUGAAAUAGCUCAGGACUUCAAGACUGAUCUACGUUUCCAGAGCCAUGCUGUUUUGGCGCUUCAGGAGGCUGCUGAGGCCUACCUUGUGGGUCUCUUUGAGGACACUAACUUGUGUGCCAUCCAUGCUAAGCGUGUCACCAUAAUGCCAAAAGACAUCCAGCUAGCUCGCAGGAUUAGAGGCGAGCGAGCCUAAGCACACCUGUUGUUCUUGUUAAAUGUGGUGGAGUUCUUUAGUAGGUUCUUUGUUAAGCAAUAUAGUAGUAGAUAGCAUCGAAACUCUAGUAGUAGUUUUUUUAUGGUUUUCUAGGAAUUGUGGGCCUCACAGGCCUCCUUUGAUGUGUGUGCCAUAAUGGGAUUAAUGGUAUUUUGUGUUGGACAGAAAGGAUGGUAAAAACUCUGGUGCUGUUUCUUGUUUGUGAAUGCUUUCAAGUAUCUUGUCGCACCACUCGUGUGGUAAAGUAUUUUGUCGAGAAGUAUUUCGUGUUUGUGGCUGAAGUGGUGAAUUUGCUACUUAGUGUGCA